UGAGCGCAAAUGGGGAAGGGGAGCCAAUCGGCGACGCGCAGGCCUCGGAAGCCCAACCUCCCGAUUUCAGCAGAUUGAAAUGUAAGCCUGUCUCCAGCGCUUUCAGGAAACAGAUCGAGAAUUUUGUCCCUCUUGUUCCUCAUCGCGUAAGAAAAGGUGUGCUUGGACACGAUUUUAGGACAGCGGUCACGCUGGACGCGGAGUGGGAUCCACGCAGGGCGCACAAACCGGACACCGUGUUCUUCGUUUGCGGCUUUAACACGAUGGAACCUGCCUUCGGUGAGGUGAACCAGCUAGGCGGCGUGUUCGUAAACGGCCGGCCGCUCCCCAACGCCAUUCGCCUUCGGAUCGUGGAGCUGGCCCAGCUCGGGAUCCGACCCUGCGACAUCAGCCGGCAGCUGCGCGUCUCCCACGGCUGCGUGAGCAAGAUCCUGGCCCGCUACAACGAGACCGGCUCCAUCCUGCCGGGGGCCAUCGGAGGCAGCAAGCCGCGCGUCACGACGCCCACCGUGGUCAAGCACAUAAGGACUUACAAGCAGAGGGACCCGGGGAUUUUUGCCUGGGAGAUCCGGGACAGGUUACUGGCCGACGGCGUUUGCGACAAGUUCAACCUCCCCUCCGUCAGCUCCAUCAGCCGGAUCCUGCGGAACAAGAUCGGGAAUCUGUCCCAGCAGAGCCACUACGAGUCGGGCAAGCAGGGGCCUCAUCCACCGCCUCAGCCAACGUUACCCUACAACCACUUGUACUCAUACCCGACUUCUAAAGUGCCCACCCCCCCUGGCAUGCCCACCCUUCCCGGACACAUGGCCAUGCACAGGAUAUGGCCCUCCUCGCACUCUGUAACAGAUAUUCUGGGGAUACGGUCCAUUACAGAGCAACAAAUUAGUGACAGUCCAUCCUUUCCCAGCGCCAAACUAGAGGACUGGAGCGCUAUAAACAGGAGUAAUUUCACGCCAGCAAGCUCUCCACUAGUCAAUGGCAUGGAUAAACCGCAUUUAGAACCCGAAGCAAAAUACACACAGACGCCGAAUGGAUUGCCCACAGCGAACAGCUAUGUCACAGCGCCCAGCAUCCGUCCCUACCACCCUCCCACCCAAGUGUCACCCUACAUGGGGUUCAGCGCCACCACGUCGGCCUAUGUGACCGGAGCCACGUGGCAGCCGGCCAGUGGCAGUGCUCUAUCUCCCCACAGCUGUGACAUCGCCACUCCCCUGGCCUUCAAGAGCGUGACAGGCAGCCGUGACGCCAUCCACCCGGUCGCCGCCUCGGCGCUGUGAGGUCAGCUCCAUGGACUGAUGGCAGGAAAGGGGGGUGGUGCCAGCCAGAGAUGGAGAGGACAGGAGACUGCGAGUCUGCCUCCCGUCCCUCCGUGGCCUCGUUUGGCUCCCGUUGCCACUCUCCUGAGAAGGACUCGGGGGACCCCCAGGACCCAGAUCUGUGCUGCUGGGUAUGAGACGCCCCCCCCGAACCCACUCGGCCCCCCCGCACUCCCCUUCCAGCUCCACACAGAGACACCAAAGACACAAAAAGGAGUACACAGUUCACACGACAAACUUAUUGCCAAAAAGAACUUGCAGGACAGGUGUACUGAAGAGCAUCUCUGCCCGCCAACACAAUCCCCCUCAAAUUCUUUACUGCAAACUCCCUCACAUGUCUUUGGGCAAAACUGGGUAAUGUAUAACUUCAAAAAUACGCAAUCACAGAAAAGGGAAAACACUUUGCAUGAGUGUUUCAGGGUGCUUGUUAAUUGCUAUUGUGUGUGUCUUUUUUUUUUUUUUUUUUUUUAAAGUUUGUAUGCUUUUGUUGUUGUCAUUUGAUAAAAUGGAGCAUUGUUUCCCCUCCACCCUUCUACCCAUGUAGCCCACGCAAGAGCUCCACAGAGAAGUUUAUUUAUUAGGUUAAGGUACGUUGAAUGAAGUGCAAUUAGCCUUACAGAAAGUAUGGAAAUCUCCAUGCACAUUUGGACAAAAUUGGCAUUGGUCUUAUGCUGGAGUCGAGAGAUUAACAAUUGACAAAUGUUGCACAAUGAAAUUGAAUGUAUCUUAUUAAAUUGUUUGGCUGUUACUGAUCUUCGUGGAGUUUUGGUUGUUUGGGGAUUCCUCGGCACAGGGGACAUGUUCAUCAUCAUCUCAGCUAAAAAUAUUUCUAAACCUCCG